ACAUAAUAAUGGCUGUGUUUGUGUUAACAUUCUCCGGUCGUGUUUACCUGAAUCGAACCUUACCUUUGGCUUUUGUUUGUACCUCCCCUAUCGUCAGUAUUGAUUUGUAACUGUGCUUGUGGCUUGCUCCAUACCAGCCAAUGGAGUACAUCCGACUUCCAAAGGUGGAGAAGGUCCGGCUGUUGGAUAAAGUAUUCACAAAAAGGAGCAGGAUGGGCACCCUUUAUUUGACGGCCACCCACACCAUCUUUGUUGAGAGUGAAGGUGGAAUGCGCAAUGAAACAUGGGUGCUCCACAGUUUGGUUUUCAGUGUGGAGAAACAAGUGACAACACCAUUGGGGUGUCCUCUGGUAAUACACUGCAAAAACUUCCAGGUUCUUCAUUUUGUCAUCCCUCAAGAGCGGGACUGCCAUGAUGUUUAUGUGUCCCUGCAGAGGCUCUCCCAGCCAGAGAGAUAUGAGGAACUGUACUGCUUUUCCUAUAAACCAGGCUUUGAUGAAAAGGAGCGACAGCAAGAAUGGGAUUUCUUGGACCUCAGGUCUGAAUAUAGCAGAAUGGGCAUCCCAAACUCCCUGUGGAAACUCUCCUUGAUAAACCGGCAUUACAAGGUGAGUGACACUUACCCUGCUGAACUUUUUGUACCUGCGUCAACAACUACGUCAGUCAUUACAGGAAGCGCCAAAUUCAGGAGCAGGGGAAGAUUUCCUGCUCUUUCAUACUACUCCAAAGAAAAUCAUGCGGCCAUCUGUCGUAGCAGUCAACCUCUGUCAGGCUUCAGCGCUCGUUGCCUAGAGGAUGAGCAGAUGCUGGAGGCCAUACUGAGGUCCAAUCCCCGCAGUGACUUCAUGUAUGUGGUGGAUACCAGACCCAAGUUAAAUGCGAUGGCAAAUAGAGCAGCGGGAAAAGGCUACGAAAAUGAGGACAACUACUCUGACAUUAAAUUCCGGUUCGUUGCGAUUGAGAACAUUCAUGUGAUGAGGAGCAGCCAACAAAAAAUGCUGGAAGUGUGUGAGCUGCGUUCCCCUUCUAUGUCUGACUUCCUGGAUGGCCUGGAGAGCUCAGGCUGGCUGAAACACAUCAAAGCUGUUUUGGAUGCUGGCGUCUUCAUUGCCAAGGCUAUUGCAGUAGAGGGCGUCAGCGUCCUGGUUCACUGUUCAGAUGGUUGGGACCGUACUGCUCAGGUUUGCUCUGUGGCCAGCGUGCUGUUGGAUCCAUACUACCGGACAAUCAAAGGACUAAUGGUUCUCAUCAAGAAAGACUGGGUGUCAUUCGGCCAUAAGUUUUCUCACAGAUGCAACCACCUAGAUGGAGACCCCAAAGAAGAGUCCCCUGUAAUCGAUCAGUUCUUGGAGUGUGUUUGGCAAUUGAUGGAGCAGUUUCCCUGCGCGUUUGAAUACAAUGAGCGGUUUCUGAUUACGAUUCACAGCCACAUUUACUCCUGCCAGUAUGGCAAUUUUAUAGGCAACAGCCAGCGGGAAAGGUCAGAACUCAGACUGCACGACAGGACCCAUUCUCUGUGGUAUUAUCUAUGGUCAAACCGGGCAGAUUACAGUAACCCCUUGUACAGACCAAACCAUAGCCAGACACAAGGACUCCUUCGGCCAUCUACCGCCCCCUGUUGGUUCAAAUUUUGGGGGGGAUUGUAUAACCGGUUUGACCGUGGGAUGCAUCCUCGUCAGUCUGUAGAGGAUUAUCUUCGCGCCAUUCAAGAGGAAACGGAACAGUUGGAGGGGCUGCUUGCCUCUCAUAAACAGAAAAUUUCUAAACUGGAGGAGAAGAAGGUGUGGAACGGUACCUCAAAAGCCACCUUUGAUAAGAGCCCCACAGCUUGGGUUCUUGGUAAUGAUCUUGGCCUGGCGAACACCCCUCAAGACUACACAUCAGGUUUCCUUACCAGCAGCCCUUGUCAGCUAAAGCCACCAUGCAGCAGCCUGACCUUCUCCCCCCAAGAAUUCAACAAAACAAAUGACUUUAGUUACUCCAACGGCAGUGAUCGAGAGUCUGGGAUCGCAGACCUCAGCUCUCGUUCACCUUUUAGUGAGGAGAGCACCAGAGAUCAAGACUCUGACGAUACUGCCUAAAGAAAUUUGUUAUUGUAGCAAAUAGCAGAUGGCGCAGAUCCCCACAUGGCCAUGACACUACCCAUAUAUGCACUGAAUAAGCGGGCUACCAUCAAAUUUAAUUUGAAAUCAUUUUCUUUUGCAUGUGGUGUAUUGGACUUCCUGUUGCCACAUAAAUCUCUUUGCUGUAGUAGGCCACUUAAUACCUCCAAAUGAUAAAGAAUUUAAUUGCUUCUUGUCUGUGAUGUUCUGAGGUGAAAUUAAAGCGAUGUGCAAACAGGGUUUAAAAGAGUGAAGCACAUCAUGUGCCUCCCGGGUCAUUUUGCGGGCCCAUUAUCCACUCCAAAAACAUUAUUACCCAGGAGCAAUCCACUCAGCACAUCUUUUUGUGUUGAAGAGGAUGUGUUAGUAAAUCCCCUCUUUGAUAAUGGUCUUCCGUAUAUGAAUGCAUCGAUAUUUUUGCAGCACUAUAAACCCAUCAUAACACAUGACGUAAAAAGCUAUUGCGGAUUUUUGUUUCCCCCAAUGAUUUGUGGUUACUUCAGUAAGUGUGCUCGACUGAAGAAAUGGACUCCAAUACAUUGUGUUUAAAUUUGGGAUUUAUGAUCAUUGUUAUGACUUUUACAAGAGUGCAUGCUGAAAUUGCCCCAGUGUCUACAUAUCAGGCGUAAUUACUGUACUUCACAGUCCUGUGAGUGAACAAAACAGCAUGUAAAAAUAUUUUUGUAUUUUUUUUUUAUCUUUUUGAGUCUACAUGUAAUUCAUAAUACACAGUAAAAAUUAUUCGCGAGUUAAAUUAUUUUGAAAUGUAUUUAUUCAUGUGGAAUGAGAUCCUGUGCUGUUUGUAUCAUUGAAUUCCAUAAGGUAAUUCUUUGUGAAAUAAAACCUGUCCCAUGCAACUCCAUAUUGGUUACA